UGACCAUAAUGAGAUUUCUGUCAGAGUACGCAGCAGAGAAAAAUAAGACACAAAUGUUUGACUCAAAAUUGUUUAUUAUCCAUGGCAGCACUUUCUUUCUUUUUCCACUGUCCAAUAAAUACAAUCAUCCCCAGCUCUCAGUCAGUGAAGACAUUUGUCAUGUUUUCUGCAUGAUGUCUGUCACGUUGUAACAUGAAAGGCCCAUGCUUGGGAGGAAUACACAACACAGAGCCAUCUGAGAUAAAAGCAGUGUUUAUUUGGGUUUCUGCAGAAAAAAUUGUGUCUGAAAUUGAACAAUAAAUGAUAGAAUUCUUUGCGGGGACAUACACAGAGCCGUGUUGCUUGUGGCUCUCAGCGUGAACAUUGUUACUGGUGCCCAGCAGGCUGACUGCUGUCUGCAAGCUAUUUGUGGCUAUUAUGUGUCUAUAAAAGGAAGUCUGCAUGGCGAUACACACAUCAACAGUAAUACACAUUGAACUUGAAUGAGACAAGCUGAAAAGCGGGCACCUUGCUUUCCGGAUCUGCUUUGAUCAACACACUAAGUCUGGAGAGAAGUUUCCUGAAGGUUGUAAAACGAGCAACACUUCUAGAUGGAGAGGGAUUUGAAGCAGAAAUGGAGAGUUUGAAUAAGAGUCUGGGGAAGGUUUCAAUAGAAGUGCCAUCUAAGUCUUCUAUCUUCACGUUUGUGCCUGUGGUGCAGAAAUUACCAAUUAAAUGUAUUAUUACUGAGGAGGAGAGAUCUGGAGCUCUGACAGGAAAACCAAAUCAGAUUUUAGCUGUGUCCCAUGAGAAGACCAUGUCGGACCAGGAUAUUUUCAAAGUUGAGAGAGUGGUUAUUAAGGACUCAGUGGAGAGAGGAACACGAAACAUGAUCCAAGGGGAGACAAAGCAUGAACUGAAGCAUCCGCUGGAUCACGUGAGCCUCUUGCAAACGUUCCCUUCAGUCAGUGCUCAGUCUGAAAAUACACCCAAACACGUCGCUACUGGGACGACCUCCAUGGAAACAGCUGUUGAUAAACACGGGGGCAUUUCCCAGCAGCAGUGUCACGGUACCUCCGGACGUGUUGAGGUUAGCUCAGGUUUCUUUGCUAACAGGGCGUCUGAGUCAGAAGACAGAACAAGCCCCACAAACUCUGCAGACCUCUUCCCCACCCCUGCUUCAUCUAGAGAGUCCAUCCUCUCUGAGGGCUGGGACAAAGACAAGAGCUGGUCUGCUGCUUCCCGCUGCUCCUCUGUCCGCUCUGGCGUCUUCUCCCCUGCUGUGAUUCAGAUCAAACAGCACUUUCUCGCUCCCGGCUCUAGUCUGGUUCACAUCCCUCAAACCUGUUUCUCAUCGUGUGAGAGCCUGUCCUCCUCUGUCUGUCCCCAGUCCCCUCCUCCCCGGCACCGGCCUCCUCUUACCAGACUCUCCCUCCUCACAGCCAUCCUGAGAAAAGGUCGCCUUCCCAUUCUGUCCCCUUCUCUGCAGAGGCCUUACACCCCCUGCUGGCCUGUUAACCCUGUGACCCUGUCUUUCUGUAACGCCUGCUCAGCAGCCUCCAGUGUGGCCUCGAUUCCCCUGGAGUUUUCCUCCAGGUUCUCCUCGUCAGGGUCUAUAGAUAGUCAGAACCAUGUUCACAAGCAGCCUCAUAGAUGCAUCACUGCUCCUCCACCCGUGUGGCCAAAUGAGUACAACAGAACAUGUCCUCAAACUCCAGUGAAAAGAUGCUCAGAGCAGAUUCGCUCAAGCAGUUUGUCGAGAUCGGAGCAAGUUAUUUCACCCCCGCCGGUGAAGAGCUACGUGCUACCCCGAGCUCCACCUCUGCCUCUGUUUUGCUCAAAAUCAGUUUCUUCACCAAAACAUGAAGAAAAGAUAUCUGAUUGUGCAACUUCCAAAAAACUGCAACACUCUUAUGUGUCAGUUCCCAAGCCAGAGUCUCCUGAGCUGAAGCCCAGCAACUCUCACAUGUACCUCAAGGGCAAUGCGGAUAAUAACUUUAAAAACCUGAUCUCGUCAUCCCCUAAACCUAUUAAUGAGGAAGACACCUCUGUGCCCCAGAAACGGAGUCGCCCGCCAAAUUCAUCUCUCUCAAAGCUUCACUGGCUUUCUCAACAGCUGCGAUCACCCUCUCCCUGCUCUCCUCUGCUUCAGCCUUCUCAAUCACGCUCACCCACGCCACAUGCCACAGUUUUCCGCACGCACACAACAUCACCUCUCCCUCCUUUACAAAACACCAUGAGCAGGUGUGAGUCAGAGAGGAGAUGCCAUGAUUCCCAGAAAAGUGACACAACAUCAUCACAGGCUUCUCACAAAGGUCACUGUUUGUCCCCUUCCCGCUACACACACAUCACUUUUCCUGGAUGGCCAUCGCCUACUGCCUCCCCCACGCCUACGCCCUCUCCUGCUCCGCCAAUCAGAGACUUCACCCCGUCCCCUUGUUUCUCCCUGCGCUCCACGCCCUCUCCAAGGCCGGGGAGUGGAAUAUCAGACUGCAGUGACAGGGAGGGUAAAAAAAGAAAGCCACACAAGAUUAAGUCAAGCUACAAAUCACUCGCUGCAAUUCCCACCAACACCCUUCUGUUGGAUCAGCAGGCAAUAGAUGAGCAGGUGGAGAGAGAAGAGAGUCCAUUCAACACACUGGACAGGGGUUUUGCAGACACCCACGCUGAGAUGUGCUCACCCGCUCAGCUCCGGCAACAGUCAGAAGAACUUUAUGCAACUAUUGAUGAGAUAUUGGCAAAUUCCAUUCCAGAAAGCAAAUCAUCCCGGUCACCUCAGACUUUCAGGACAUCUAGGACUCCUAAUGUAGGUGUGAAGAACAACUCAUCAUUUCCGAGAUCCUUGGGGCGUGAAACCAAAUAUGCAUCUUUAAGCAGCUUGCACUCAUCUGCAAGUCUUGACAGAAAGCUGAUGGAUCCUAAAAAAACGAAGCCCGGAGUUAUUCGCCCGAUGACAGCCAUUCCAAGAAUGAGAGUGGAAGAUGAAGAACAGUUUCAUCCCAACCCCUUCAGACAGUUUGUCGUCAAACAGACCUUAACUGACAACAAAAAGGUGGAAAAUGUGGGUCUUCAAGAGACAGGGGAAGAUUGUUACACAAAUUCAAAAGGCCAAACAUCAAGAGAGGAGAUGAAGCCUGAAAGAGGAACUACAUUCUCAGUAUGUGACCUGCAGAUUAGAGAGCCUGAAGACCUGAUCAGUCACCCUGGGAAAGAUGUUUCAACAUCUUUCAGUCCCACUGAGGGGCGGAUGGAAGCUUUUGAGACUCAUAUUUAAAACAUAAACACUAAGUAUUAACCUUUUAUUGUACAUAUCAUAAAAACUUCAGUUAUUUUCUUUCAAAUGGAGAAUAUUUGUGCAUAUACAUUCAGUAUGCAAGACCAUUACCCACCUAAGUGAGGAAUGGCAAGUUCAUUGCACCAUACCUGAAUAAGUGAAUAAAUGCAUCUCAAUAUACAGCAGUUGACUGCAAGGAUUUAAUAUGCCUUACAGAGAUGAUAGUAAUGCAUGCAAUUGACCGUUAACUAAGCCCCACUCAUCUUAGUUACUGUUGCUGCACCUGUCGAACUUUCCGUUCAGCAUAUAUGCAUAUUUACAAUGAAAACAGUGGAAGAUUAUCCACUUAAAGUUCAUAGUAAUUUUUUAAAUGAUAGGUGAAAAAAGCCAGCUCCUCAUUCCUUGCCAAAUGACUGUCACUGGUGUAUUUUAUCAGAUGCAGCUAGCUAAUUAAGUUAAUGUUAGCUCCAUGAGUUGAUGGAUUGGCUGACUUUUUAAUCUUCUCAGCUGUUUUGCUUUAAAAUGAGAAUUUCAAUGGCUACAUACAUGAUGUUGUGCUAAAAUACUGAGGCUUAAGAUGCAUGUUAUCACCAGUUGGUUGAUGGUCCAUGUAGAAGACAUGGAAAUAAAGAAACAGAAUUGUU